UGUUGCAAGGUACUUCCUGGUCCUUUUAUUGAGUAUCUUUUCUGUCUCAGAUUAAUAAAUUAUUAUUUUCCAUAUAAUAAAUGUUUAGAGAAGAUACUCUGUAGUAUGGAACAGUGCACUGAUACUUGUACUGGGGGCAAUCACUUGAGGCUUCAGUGAUAUUUGCCUAGAAAGAGUUAAUUUUCUGUACAGCAUUUUAGAUGUAAAUUCUUUGACGGUCUUUAAGUGGAAGUUUGAGUUUUUCUGCUAAAGCAGUAAGUUGGCUUUUGGUGACAGUGUGACUCGUGUGGCACAGAGAAAAGACAGGAGAAGUCAGUGUGACAUUGAGAAUGAUAGAAACUGGCACAGAAGUUUAGGAAACAGGGAGAAGGGCACAAACAGGAUGGGCAGAAGUUAUUAGUCUUACCAAAUCACACUCCAGAAUAAUUUCAUACAAUGAAAGAAAGACAUUACUUCCAGAAAAUACAGAGAGAUCACAUCUGCAUUAAGUACAGUGAUAGCAGAAAGCUUGCUCGUGGGGAAAAAGAGAGGGGGAAGGCUUAACUUGGAGGAGAAAAAAGUCUCACACAUAGAUUGAGGAGUAAUUUUGUAAUAAGGAGUAAUUUUGGAGUGCCUAUGUGCACGGUAGGGAAGAUAGGUAUCUUGGGUUUUUAUUUUUGCUGUUUGAGAGUUUGAGGUGUUGACAGCUUGCUGGAGGGAACAAGGUGAGGGGAUGGGUGAAAGGAAGAGAACUCAAUUUCUUAUUUUAAUUGAGGAAUAGGAGAUUGCAGAUGAUGUUGCCUGUGGGUAAUAGGAGAAAGCUGACAAACUUUGCCCACAGAGAGGAGAGUAGUUGGAGUCAUUAGAGAUGCCGAGGGAGCAAGUGAGAGAAGUAGCAAAGUAAGCAAGUGCUGCAGUGAUUAAUAAUAGCACUGAGCAGCUCAGAAGUGCUUUUUUGAAAUGUGGAAUGCUUUAGGAAGCAAGGACUGUGGAAAGGGAACUGGGAGGAUAUGAAGAAUUUCAUACUGUGGUCAUAUAUUGCAGUGAACUUGAGCUUCAGAGAUAGAAAGAAGGAAAAGUAAAAUGUGAAAUUAACUUCAUAAUUGGAAGUGUGAUGAGAAGUAUUCCUGUGCAGUGUCAAGAGCAGAAAGGAUGCGGGGGCAAGAGGCAUUAAAUUGGAAAGGAACUGAGGAAAUGAGCCAGGAGGAGGAACCAAGAAACAGGACAGCACAACAGAUGUGGUGUGGGGAUUUGGGGAACACAUGUGGACGUACAAAAAAGUGCCAAUCACACUGCCCAGCCUGUCCUCUGAUGGUAUUGGAUGGAAAAGGAAGAGAAAUUGGAAACAUUUGGGUUUGUUUUGUUGUUGGGUUUUUUUUCUGAGUAAUGAGUGCAAGAUGUCUUCUAAGUAUUUUAGAAGGAAGAGAGCUUAACUGCUGGAAAUUAAAUGAAGACUAAAAGGAAACUUCAGAUUAAGGAGUGUUUAGGGUAAACUGAUUACUGAAGCAAAUAAAUAAAAACUUCAUGAAGUCCAAAGGCAAGGCAGCUGUGGGAUUUAACUGUCAUGGAUUAUCACUGAGUGUGGAAGGGAGGAGGGCAGAAGGAUACCAGUGGUGUCUCUGCUGUCUUCAGCUCAUGGAACUGGAAAUACUGAUCAGAACUGGCAAAUGUAUGAUAAUGACUAAAAAGCACUGCUACAGCCAUCUGACUUCAACAUGCCAUGAUAACUUUGUGUGUUACUUGAGAAGAUGUUUCAUGACUCAGUGAUGAAUGCACAGCACAAUGUACCAUAUUGCCUGUGCAGUACCCAAAUACAAAAGUAUUUUAUUGGUGUAUAAUGGAAACAUUUUAAUGCAACUGUUCUUUGUAUAGGCACAGAAAUGCACCAAUGGAAUAAAACAAUGGCUUUAGUAGAUGGGAAUAACAAAGAUGAGUGUGUACAGCUCUGUGAAGCCUUUUGUUGUUCUGCUAGCUGCUAGUGUUAUCUAACACUUCCCCGUUUAACUUAAUUAUCAAACCUGAUGGGUUUGAUUUUAAAAAUUAUUUUUAUUUCAUGCUUUGUCCUGGUUCUGCUCUUAAGCUCCUCAUUGGGACAUCCUGUGAAAUAACUUCUUAGUGAUUGGCAUGUCUUGUAACACUUAGGUGUAUUCAAUGAUGUUUUAUAACCGCUGGUUAGUUAAUUGGGGUGGAAGGAUGACAAGUUCUUUUCAGGAAGCAAAUUUUUGACAGCUCAUUGUUUAAAAUCACAGUGAAGACUGACAGAAUACUUAUAGGAACAUGCCAUGACUUUUUGUUUUAGAAAGAACUGAAUACUGUUAGAAAUUUUCACCUGUAUCUUGAAUUAAAAUGUUUCUACUAGGAUUGUAAAAUUCUUACAGUAUAUAUAACUUUCCUUUCCUUAGUAUUUAACUGCUAUCUGCUGGCAUUUUCUGGAGCUGAUUUGCAGACAGCCAUGUGGCUUAAGUUGUAGUCUAGAUGCACUUAAUAAAGCAUGAAGAUAAUCAACAAUUAACCUAACACUGCCAACACUAAACCAUGUCCCUGAAUGCCAUAUCUGCUCCAUGGAUGGUGACUCAUCUGCUUCCCUGGACAGCUGUUCCAGUGCUUCACAAUGCUUUCAGUGAAGAAAAUUUUUCUUAAUAGCCAGUGUAAACUGCCUGUGCCACUAAGUGAGGCUACUGGCUCUUGUCUUACUGUCUAUUACUUGGGGGAAAAGAGUGACCCCCACCUCUCUACAGUUUCCUUUCAGGUGGUUACAGAGAGCAGUAACAUCUAGUCUUUUUCCAAGGCUAGAGAAACAGUCUUGCCUCAGCUGCUCCUCCUAAGGUUUUUGCUCUAGGGUCCCAAGUGAACCCCCAAAGGCCUGUAGAGGCCUCUGAGUUACUCUGUUCUGGACUGUCAGACCUUCACCUGCUGCUGGAGCCUCACCCGCCUCUGGAUGCACGUCAAUGGCUUCUGGGAGAUGGCCUUGUGUGCAGAGACUAAUGUUUUUUGCUUUUCUUUCUGCACUGCUCCGAAGUAAAAGUAUUGCCUGUGUCUUCCAGGCAGCUGCAAAGGCCGCUCAUGGUGCAGUUAGCCAAGGUCUUAUAAAGUUUCAUCCAAAGCAACAGUACUGUUUGACUGCAGAAUGCAUUGAAGCUGCUGCUGGCAUCCUGAGCAAGAUAAAUCAAUCUGUAGAUCCAUGUGAGAACUUCUAUCGAUUUGCAUGCGAUGGCUGGAUAUAUAAUAACCCUAUUCCUGAAGAUAUGUCCAACUAUGGUGUUUAUCCCUGGCUGCGACACAAUGUGGACCUCAAACUAAAGGCAUUGUUAGAGAAACCCAUCAGCAAAAGACGAGACAGUGAAGCUGUACAGAAGGCCAAGAUCCUUUAUGCAUCCUGCAUGAAUGAGGAUAAAAUUGAAAAAGCUGAUGUGAAACCCCUGUUAAGUAUCCUGAAGCAUUCACCUUUCCGCUGGCCUGUGUUGGAAUCCAAUAUUGGACCUGAAGGACUGUGGUCAGAAAGGAGGUUCAGCUUGGUCCAAGCCUUGGCAACUCUUCGUGGCCAAUACAGCAGCUCUGUCUUCAUCCGUUUGUACGUGGCUGCCGAUGACAAAAUCUCCCAUCGCUAUAUCCUGAAGCUUGAUCAAGCAAGCCUCUCUCUGGCAUCUCGAGAGGAUUAUCUAGAAAAUACCACAGAAGCCAAAUCUUACCGAGAUGCCUUUUUGCAGUUCAUGGUUGAUACAGCAGUCCUUCUGGGUGCAAAUGCCUCCCGAGCCGAGUCUGAUAUGAAAUCAGUUCUAAAACUGGAAGUUAAAAUAGCAGAGAUCAUGAUUCCAUAUGAAAAUCGAACAAGUGAGGUGAUGUACAAUAAAAUGAACAUAUCAGAGCUUAGUGCCAUGAUUCCACAGUUUGACUGGCUGGGAUACAUCAAGAAGGUGAUUGACACCAAACUCUAUCCUGAGCUUAAAGAUAUAGGUCCUUCAGAAAAUGUGAUUGUCCGUGUUCCCCAGUACUUCAAAGAUUUAUUCAGGAUACUAGAAAAUGAAAGGAAAAAGACUCUUGCCAAUUACCUGGUAUGGAGGAUGGUUUAUUCAAGGUUAUUUAACCUCAGCAGACGUUUUCAGUAUCGAUGGCUGGAAUUUGCUCGGGUGAUCCAUGGGACUACAACUUUGCUGCCUCAGUGGGAUAAAUGUGUAGACCUUGUAGAAAAUGCCCUCCCUUACGUUGUGGGUAAGAUGUUUGUGAAAGCCCAUUUUCAAGAAGACAAGAAAGAGAUGAUGGAGGAAUUGACUGAAGGAAUUCGCUGGGCUUUUAUUGACAUGUUAGAAAAGGAGAACGACUGGAUGGACUCUGAAACAAAAAGAAAAGCUCAUGAGAAGGCAAAAGCAGUUAUGGCGAAAGUUGGUUACCCUCAGUUCAUAAUGAAUGACACAUAUAUUAAUGAAGACAUCAAAACACUGAAGUUUACAGAAAGUGAUUUUUUUGGCAAUGUAUUGCAAACUCGCAAAUACGCAGCCCAAUCUGAUUUCUACUGGCUUAGAAAAGAAGUUCCAAAAACAGAGUGGUUUACAAGCCCAACUACUGUAAAUGCUUUUUAUAGUGCAUCUACCAACCAGAUCAGGUCUGGAAAGUGGCUGCCACUACUUCUGUGGUCUCAGUCCCCAGAGUCAGGACCUCAAAAAUUGCUGAGAUUCCCAGCAGGAGAACUUCAAAAGCCUUUCUUUUGGGGAGCAGAGUAUCCUAGGUCAUUAAGUUAUGGUGCCAUAGGAGUGAUUGUUGGCCAUGAGUUUACUCAUGGAUUUGAUAGCAAUGGUCGGAAAUAUGACAAAAAUGGAAAUUUAGACCCUUGGUGGACGACUGACUCUGAAGAAAAAUUUAAAGAGAAAACAAAAUGCAUGAUUAAUCAAUACAACAACUACUACUGGAAGCAAGCUGGCUUACAUGUGAAAGGGAAGAGAACUUUGGCAGAAAACAUUGCAGAUAAUGGAGGUUUGCGAGAAGCUUUCAGGGCAUACAGGAAAUGGAUUACAGAAAAGAGGGGAGGAGAAGAAGAGCCUUUACUGCCAGGCCUUGACUUCACACAUAACCAGCUUUUCUUUCUGAGUUAUGCCCAUGUAAGAUGCAACUCCUUUAGACCAGAAUCUGCAAGGGAGCAAAUAUAUACCGGAGCUCACAGCCCUCCUCAGUUCAGAGUAAUCGGAGCCAUGAGCAACUUUGAAGAGUUCCGUAAAGCGUUCAAUUGCGCCGCGAACACGACGAUGAACCGCGGGGCAGAGUCCUGCCGGCUGUGGUAGCUGCCCCUUCCAGCUCUUCUCUCAGGGGGAGGCUGCAAUGUGAACUGCUCUAGCCCACUGCCAGGGUUUCAGAAUGAUGGUCUGCAAUAUGGAGAGGUGUUAUUUCAAAUGCAUCUUCCUCAUCCGUGCAUGGAUCUGAUCAUUCCUUAUUUAGAACCUAGAAACAUUCCAAAUAGAAGAGCUUUUCUUUAAGUAUAAUAAUAAAAAGUAACUCCUUAAAAACUCCAUAAAACUA